CCCAGUUGUCAGUCAUCUGUUAGAAUUCAACAGAGAAGUAAAAAAUAAAUUCAAAGUUUAUCAAAAUUUAUAUUCAAUUGAAAAUUUUAAAACUUGUGCUAAACCGGCUGAAUGUCUGAGGCAGAGGACGAAGAGGCUCCGGAAGGAGAGGAUAUCGAGGCAGCAGACGAAGGCGAAGGCGAAAAGGGGGAUGUGGGAGCUGAAGAAGGAAUUGUCGAGGACAAACUGGAUGAGAGCGAAGAGGAUCCGUUUGAGCUGCUUGACGAGUCGAGCGAGGAUAAUGAGGAAGAAAAGCUCAUGUAUCGGGAGUAUCUCGAUUUGACGAAAGAAAUCGAUUGCCAGAAUGCAAUUAUAAACGAUCUCAAGGAACAAACACGGGACCUGUGCGAAAAUCCCUGUCGGACCCACCAGGACAAGGCCAACUUAAAGAAGAUUCUCAUCUGCCUCGAUCAAGAGAAAAUCAAACUGAAGACCAUGAUAAGACGCGCUAUCCACCUGCAGAAUAAUGGAUCGAAGAGGGCUUACGGAGAUAUAGAGCUGGCCACAUCGUUCAUAGAGGAAAACUUACUACAAACUUCCAUUAGUUGCUCGAAGACCAUCAAAUAUCCUUCACCCAAACGGAAGUCCCUAACCGCGCAGCAAAUUUGCGAUGCUUUAGAGGAAGCGGAAUCCGAGUCGGAAUCUGAAGCGGAUUGCUGUUGACCAAAGCUGCAGUUGCUAAUAUGUCCUAUUGGAAAUGUGAAAGAGCUGUUCGCAAAUUUAGACGUAGAUGUACUUUUAAUAUGUUACAAAUAUUCCAUGCUGAAAUUAAUUCUUAAAAGUUCAAAUUAUAUCGCUAUGAAAAGUUCCUUGAA